UCAAGUCUGCGACAUGGCCGAUAGCGAAUUUGAGGAGUUCCGGAGAGUAUUCGACAAAUUACCACAACAUAUAAAGGCACCGACGCCGUUUUACUCCCUAGUGCCAAAUGUUGGUUUGGAGGAUGACUCUCCUUCAUCCAAAAGCGAUGGUUCGCCUGAAGAGGAAUCUGGGGACGUUGAAGUGAACCAACAGACCGAAGUUCAUCAGACUGAAAAUGAAGCUCAACACAGCCCUAGACAUCAGACUUUGACAAGCGGCGAGCGUAGGAGGCGAAAGUUGCCGGAAAUACCCAAAACUAGAAAACCACCGAUCAGCUCAAGUGGCCCUGCCUCUUUGGCUGAUGAGCUAGGCUCUCUGACAGCUGGUGUGCUCAUCCGACCAGGAUGCCAGAGGCCGCUGCUGGUGCUGAAGUGUGGUUACCUGCUGGAUGAAGACUCCAGCCCAGACUCGGAAAGACUGCAGAGCCUAGGUGACGUCGACAGUGGACAUUCUACCGCACACUCCCCUAUCGACACUGGACCGAAGAGCAUAUCUCCUACACCACUGCAACAAAAUGUAUCACCGUCAUCGAGUUGCAGCAUCAGCGGCAUCAAUUUCGCCGGCAACAUCACCACAGUUCCCCACAGCCAGUUGGAGAUGCUUGAGGCGACUCACAGGGGCCUCCACAAGUUCAACCCGCGGCACCACGACGAGAUAGAAGUGGAGAUCGGAGACCCGAUCUAUGUACAGAAAGAAGCAGAGGAUUUGUGGUGUGAAGGGGUGAACCUACGGACUGGUCAGCAGGGUAUAUUCCCAUCAGCGUACGCGGUGGACAUGGACUAUAACGACUUCGAUCCCGCCAACGCUAAAGUGAAGAGGGAGCGUUAUUUAUUAGGAUACAUGGGUUCAGUGGAGACCCUAGCUCACAAAGGAACUGGAGUGGUUUGUCAGGCCGUGAAGAAAAUAGUCGGCGAAAACAACGGGGAUCCAGGGGCUCAAGCUUGUAUAUUAGAAGUGUCGGAUCAAGGACUACGCAUGGUAGAUAGAUCGAAGCCUGAUAGGACUAGAUCAGGCCCCUGCAUCGAUUAUUUCUACUCCCUGAAGAAUGUCUCUUUCUGCGCGUUCCAUCCCCGUGACCACAGAUACCUGGGCUUCAUCACAAAACAUCCCACGCUCCAGCGGUUUGCCUGCCACGUAUUUAGAGGACAGGAAUCGACGAGGCCAGUGGCAGAGGCUGUAGGGAGGGCGUUCCAGAGGUUCUAUCAGAAGUUUAUAGAAACGGCAUAUCCUAUAGAGGACAUAUACAUAGAAUAAGCAAUGAAAUUGCGGUACAUAGAUGUAAGCUUCAUUUUGUUCAGUCGCUUAGCGUUAUACUAUGGUUGGUUAUGUCAAUUUCCUUGUAAUUCUUAAAGCUUGACGCAAAAGGACACGGAUUAGUUGAUGGAUACUUAUACUCACGUAUUGAAAUAAAGUUAUUCAUGCAUUAAAUUUAUCCUCAUCAGUCAUUACAAUCGACAAUUAUUACCGACUAACUUGUCCAAACUUUACUGAAUGUUACCUCUUUUACUCGUCGCCUUAAAGAAAAAGAAGGCAUGAUAUUUUGACUGAAUAUUUAGACAGUUCUUCGUGAUUUUAUACUCUGGAUCAAACGAUACACAAAAUACUGAUUCUGGCUUGGCUCUGAUUCUUGGCUCGGUGGGAAUGAAAUUCACGAGGAAUUUUAACACUAUUUUUUAUAGUAGGUGGCCUGUUUUGCGACAAGACUUUAAGUAUAAUUUUAAGCAUUUAAUUGUUGUAUAAGUCAUGUUUAAUAUUUUUGGUCGUCUAUAUGAUUUUCGUUCAAAUAUCGCUCAAAAUAAAACGCUAAGUGACUGACCGUUCUUGGACAAAUUUACGGAGCGUACUUCAUUCGAUUUUUCCCUAAACUAAGGCCUUAUCACCGAAGAUAUUGAGAUCAUUAUUAUUUUUAUAGGUACAAAGAGAUAAUAUUAUAUCAUUAUAUACUUGGCCGUUACUCCCAUUGGAGUAACGGUAAAUACAAAAUGUGCGUCAUUCGCAAAGUCUUUGCUAUUUUGUGAUUAAUGGCGCUACUGAGAUUAAUUUGCAAUUACGUUUAUUUUAUUUACACCUCGAUGUAAAUAAGUAUAUAGAAUGAUAAAUUGUUAUUUUUGUAAUUGAAUUUGAAUCUAGAGCCUUCAGUUUUUUGCAUUCGAUAGUUUCGACAGAGAAGCUAAUUUUUGGGUUUACAAGUUGUAAUAAUAUGGCGCUUAGGCUUCUUGCAGACGAACGGCACUUGUCGACGGCACGCGUCGACGAUAGCUGCUGUUGACACAAAUUGUCGACGACAAGUGCCGUUCAUCUGUAAGAAGCCUAAGGGUCAA